AUGGCGGAACCAUUGCCAUUGGAACGCCAUAAGCUACUCGUUGCGAAUCGAGGAGAGAUUGCGCUCCGUAUUCUUCGUACUGCGAAACACAUAGGGCUACGGUCUGUCGCGGUUUAUACGCAAGUGGAUGCGACGUCUCCUCAUGUUCUGCUCGCUGAUGAAGCAGUUGCACUUCUACCAUCUCGAUCUUCCUCUACGGAUGCAGAGCUGGAAGCUGGCGCUGACGUCAAUGCAGGGACUAAUGCCAGGGCAUACGUAGACGCCAAUGCAGUUGUGAAGAUAUGUGUUGAACGAGGCGUCACGCUCGUACAUCCAGGAUACGGCUUUCUCUCCGAAAACGCUGACUUCGCGUUUCUGUUGGAGAAGCAUGGGAUUAUCUUGCUUGGACCGCAAGCGCAAAUCAUUGAAGAUAUGGGACUCAAGCAUCGCGCCCGUGAACUCGCGCAGCAUGCAGGAGUACCCGUCGUUCCCGGUUCGGUUGGCUUAGUCGAGCGCAUUGAAGAUGCGGUGCAAAUUGCGGAUGAGAUCGGAUAUCCAGUUAUGUUGAAAGCGACUGCAGGAGGUGGAGGAAUGGGUCUCGUUGUCUGUGGAAAUGCAGCCGAGUUGCAGGAAAAAAUUGUCACGACUAAGCAAAAGGCUAAAAAUAUUUUUCAUAAUGAAGACGUGUUCAUCGAGAAGUUCUUUAGCUCCUCCCGUCACAUUGAGAUACAGAUAUUCGGGAACGGCUGUGGACACGUUAUACAUAUGGGUGAACGAGAAUGUAGUAUUCAGAGGCGUCACCAAAAGAUUAUCGAAGAGGCACCAAGCCCUUACUUUGCAAUUCGCCAGGGUAUGGUAGAGAAGAUGUACGCUGCGGCUGUAGGACUAGGAGAACUAGUCAACUACAAGUCUGCUGGAACUGUCGAGUUCUUGGUGGACACCGCUUCGGAAACAUUCUACUUCCUCGAGAUGAACACACGGUUACAGGUAGAACACGGGGUGACGGAAAUGCUUUACCGAGGAUUGGACAUUGUAGAGCUCAUGAUUCUCCAGGGUGUUUAUGAACAUCAAUCUAGAUUAAACGCGGACAUUCGCCCGGGUUUACCGCCUGACCGUCUCGAUCAAGAGGCAUUCGGGCACCCUAAUCCAAAUAUACACGCUAUAGAGGCUCGUGUGUAUUCCGAGAAUCCCGCGAAUAACUUCUCGCCAAGCCCUGGAAUCCUACAGUAUGUUCAACUGCCUGAAGAAACUGAUGAUCUUCGCAUUGAUACAUGGGUCUCGACUGGCAUGGUCAUAACGCCUUUCUAUGAUCCGCUUGUUGCCAAAGUCAUUUCGAGAUGUGCAACGCGAAAGGAGGCGAUCGAGCAGCUGGUCGCAGUAUUUGAUCAAGGAAAGCGCACUCUUGAUACGAAGAGCCACAUUGUUGUUCAAGGACCGCCGAACAACAUACCUUUCUUAGUUCAAGUGUUAAAGAACACGACGUUUGUAGAGGGUAAUGCAACUACUGAAUGGAUAGAUCGAGGUGGUCUUCCGUAUACUCCAAAUGCUUUUGCUAUCAUAUCCCCUGGGAUCCAGACGUCUGUACAAUCUCUACCAACGAGAGAUACUGGUUUAGGUAUUCCGCCGAGCGGUCCCAUGGAUCCUCUCGCAUUUCAGGCAGGGAACGCCCUUAUUGGCAAUCCUUUCGGAUGUGAAGGCCUUGAGCUAGUAAUUCCGCCAAAGAGCUCUGGACACGCGAGGUCUUUGUCCUUCAUCGCUCUAUUUUACGUAGAAGCUGUAGUUGCGGUGACGGGUGCUCAUGCUAUUGUCACCGUUGACGGACGUGAAGCACCAACUUGGGGACGUAUCAUCGUCCCAAGAGGAGCCAAACUGGUCAUUGGAGCUCUACAUCCGGACACGGAGUAUUCAAGUGGUGGAUUCAGAGCGUAUCUUGCCGUGUUAGGUGGGUUUCCUAGAAUUCCAGAAUACCUAGGCUCUAAGUCGACAUCCAUGGGUAGUGGUGGCUACCAAGGAAGGAACUUGCAAACAGGGGACAUGCUGGAAAUUCAACUGUGCGUUGCAUCUGCGAACGACGCUCCGCCUCUUCCUCACGUGCUCCUACCUGAUUAUCACUCUGAUUGGACGCUGUACUCUCUUCCUGGCCCACAUGACGAUACUGAAUUCCUCACUGAGUCUGGGAUUGAGGCAUUCUAUUCGAGGAAAUGGAGAGUCAGUGCAGCUAGCAACCGGAUGGGCAUCCGACUUGAACCAGUCAACCAAGAAGGCUCUGAUGCGCCUGCCUUAGAUUGGGCUCGGCAGAACGGUGGUGAAGGCGGUUCACAUCCUUCCAACAUCCUUGAUAAUGGUUAUCCUCGGGGUUCUGUUAAUCUGAAUGGCGAUACACCCGUGGUUUUGACCAAUGAAGGACCAAGCAUGGGUGGAUAUUUGUGUAUAUCUACUAUCGCUACAGCCGAUCAAUGGAAACUUGGUCAACUCCGACCGGGCGAUCAACUGCAGUUUAAGCGUAUUAGUUACUCGGAUGCUAUUAUCCUUCAAGAGCGUGCGGACAAAUGGCUGGAGACGAUAUUUGCAUUGUCAUCGGGAUUCAAUGCAUCACCAUUCAAAUUGCCGGGCUACUCUCCUUCAUCUCUACCCUUACGAGAUCCAAAGCUGCACAGUGUAUCGGCUUCUUCGUCUAAGCCAAAAGCAGUAUUCAGACAGGCUGGCGACUCCGCAAUACUUGUCGAGUACGGAGAGAUGACGCUUGAUUUUUCCAUUCGAGCUCGUAUCCAUGCGCUUGAGACAGUGGCUCGCCAGAUGCAAAUUCCCGGUAUCAAGGAGUUUGCACCUUGCAUCCGAUCAACCAUGGUACAUUUCGAUCCUCGGCUAACAACCCAAGCUGAAGUAUUGGCUAUGCUCAUUGAAGCAGAACAGAGCCUUCCGGAGUCGAUAGAAGAUAUGCGGUUCCCAGGCCGUAGAUUAAAGUUCCCCAUUGUUCUAGACGAUAAGUGGAAUCGUGAUGCCCUAGAACGCUACAUGCGCUCUUCGCGUUCAAAAGCUGUUUAUCUUCCAAGUAAUAUAGAAUACUUGGCCGCAAACAAUGGCGUCGAGGGAGGUGCAACGGAGGCAUUACGUCUACUUGUCUCAUCACCGUGGCUGGUUUUCGGUGUCGGAUUCUAUCUUGCGUGUCCAUUCUUGGUCCCGAUUAAUCCGCGAUGUCGACUUGUGGGCCAAAAGAUGAACCCGUCGAGGACAUACACGCCUCGCGGUGCCGUCGGAAUUGCGGGUCUGGUCGCGGCCAUCUACCCAGUCGAGUCUCCUGGUGGUUACCAGUUAUUUGGGUGUACACUACCAACGUGGCAGCCUUGGGGAAAAGGCCCAGACUUUGCUCCGGAAAGACCGUGGCUCUUAGAACCGUUUGAUCAGGUCACCUUUGAAUCUGUUUCGGAAGAGGAAUACAUCGAGAUGGAAAAACACUUUGACAGCGGACGUUAUGCCUUCAAGAUCGAACCAGUCGUGUUUUCGAUGAAGGAGUACCUCGGCUUCGUUUCAGGUAUCCAUGAUGAAAUACUUGCGUUCAGAGCACGUCAAGCAAAGGCCGUAGCAUCUGAAGAAGCCCGAGAAAGUGUUCUCCUGAAAGAGUGGCUUGAAAGUAAGCGGAGUAACGCAGCUAGCAGCACUAGUACUGCCACGGAAGAAUCUCAAGAGACACCAAAUUUUGUCUCUGCUUCUCUGUCAGGCUCUGUAUGGAAAAUCAAGGCGGCUGUCAGCGAUAUCAUUACCUCUCCCGACCAAGUUGUGGCUAUCUUGGAAGCAAUGAAGACAGAGAUAAACAUAACAGCUGGGGAGGAGAAUGUAGGUCUGAAGGUCUCUGGAUUUGCAAAAGGUAUAAAAGAAGGGUCCACAGUGCAAGCAGGUGAUAAGCUCAUGUUUUUCGUCGAGACUUGAUUUUUCCUUGAGUUCCUCCAUUGACUUGUCUUUCAUGACCCACUUUGAUAAUGGUGUAAUAAGCUUAUCAAUGAACG